CUGGGGAAUCAUUUCUGAAAGAAUUUUGCUGCAAUAUUUUUGGUGGAAUAAUUUUUUGCCAUACAGCACAUAUAGAAGGUUGUAUAUUUUUGUAGAUUAUAUUGUAAUAAGCUAUACUGUAGAUCUAUAAAAGGUUUUCUGCACCAAGAAUCUGAAUGAGAUGAACAUUCAUCCCUCCUGUGAGUACAGUCCUUAAACAGAAAAAUAAAUAAAUAAAUAAAACCCCCAGAAAACAGCAAAAAUGCAUGAAUAUCUAAUCCAAGAACCUUAAUACGCACCACCUAGCAAAACAAAAUAAUGUAUAUAUUUAAAAAAAAAAAAUUAAAAAAAAAUUAAAAAUUAAAAAAAACAGCUCCGCAUUCAGUCCGAUUAGAGAAACGCACGGACACGCGCGUUUGUUCCUGAGAACGCACACCGGAUGCUGCGUACUAUCAUCAUCAUCAUCAUCACCAGCGGCGGGAGUGAUGAUACGGGUGAAAGGCGAUAUAUCUCUCGCACCGCGCAGGAUGGUCUUUGUGGGCCCUGAGCUCCAUUGUGUCCUUCUCUCUGCGUGUCGUGCAGCUCCUGUGCGGCGCUAUGUUUCCGCGUUCCCAAAGCGCGCUCAUGUCUGCUCUACUGAUCCAUCCCUACAGCAAACCGGUUUCACCUGAUUCUCCGCUCCGCUGGCUGCCACAGCGCUGACUGCACUAAAAAAAAAGGGAGAGGGAAAAAAAAAAACCUCAAGAAGACGAAGGGACAUAUUUACAGCACUAUAGCGAUCCUAUAUGAAGAAGAAGGACGCGCGGGCUCUGUGGUCGUGAACGCGCCAGGCUGCGGGUUAUUGUGUUCGCUAGACCGGGGUGAGGUGAAGUGGAGUGGAUUGGAGAAGUGGAGAGGGGGGUGGAGGGGGGGUGGAGGUAAUAGGUAGGAAAGACUGCAAAGAGGGGGGGAAUGGAGGUGUGCUGCCGUGCGUGCAUGCCCUGUCUGAGCCCCUUGUGGAACAGGAUAUGGCCUGAGCUGCGCUACCCGAGUGUCACUCCGGCGGCGGAGAUCCGCACCGUGUCGGGGGAACUCCGCGUGCCGCAGCCUAAGAGGCGGCCGGCGCAGCUUUACGCCGCGCUGUACGACUUCGAAGCCCGCAGCGAGGAGGAGCUGUCGGUCAAAGAGGGAGACAAGCUGUCGGUCAUCGAAAAGCGAGGCAAUUACGUGCUGGCCAAAAAACUCACGGGCAGCCUCGAGUCCGGCCUGCUCCCUGCCAACUACAUCGCCAUGCUGCAGGACGAAUUCGCUAAAUACAAAUGGUACUAUGGGAACAUAAACAGACAGAAAGCUGAGAAGCUGCUUUUGGCACCCCAAAAUAAAGUCGGUUCGUUCCUGGUUCGAAUCAGUGAAAGUCACAGUGAUGAAUACACCAUCUCAGCCAGGAGUGAAACCACUGUCUUCCAUUUCCGUAUCCAUCGGUCUUCGGUCGGUGCUUACUUUGUGUCGGAUAAGAUCUCCUUUGCCACUUUGGAUGAGCUUAUCAGAUAUUAUCAGAACAACCCCAGGAGCCUGGGAUGCCCUCUGGACCAACCGUGUGUACAGCAAAGGGAGCUGUUUGACAUGGAGCCAUGGGAGAGACCAAGAGAAGAGUUUAAGCUGAUCAGGAAACUGGGAGAAGGCCAUUUUGGCGAGGUAUGGGAAGCUGUAUGGGCUACUAAGAACCAGAAUGUGGCCAUUAAAAUGCUGAAACAAGAGGACACCAAACUGGAUGAAUUUGUGAAGGAGGUUCAUGCACUGAAAAACCUGCACCACCCAAAGCUUAUCCAGCUGCUUGCACUGUGUACACGGGGAGAACCAGUCUACAUCAUCACUGAACUUAUGGCCAAUGGCAGCCUCAAGUCCUACCUUGCCACCCCAGAAGGACAGGUUUUGACCUCAGCACAUCUAAUCUACAUGGCUGGUCAGGUUGCAGAAGGGAUGGCCUACUUGGAGGAUCGGCACAUUGUCCACAGAGAUCUAGCUGCCCGAAACAUCCUGGUGGGAAGUGACCUGGAGUGUAAAGUGGCUGAUUUCGGCUUGGCUCGUAUUAUAAAGGACAGCGUGUACACGGCCAGUAGGAACACUAAGAUCCCUGUGCGGUGGACAGCUCCUGAAGCGGCUCUACAUCAGCGCUUCUCUGUUAAAUCUGAUGUCUGGUCCUUUGGAGUGCUGCUCUAUGAGAUUAUGUCACGAGGAAAGAUGCCAUAUGAAGGUAAAACCAAUAAAGAAGUAUUGGACAUACUUGCUUCAGGUUACAGACUGCCAUGUCCAAGUCGCUGUCCUCCCAAUAUCUACCGCAUGAUGAUGGAGUGCUGGGCAGCCGAAAGCUCCAAACGACCGUCAUUCCAUGCGCUGCACAGCCAACUGGAUAACAUCUACUCCAGAAUCUACUACAAAACCAUUGAGGUGUAGAACCAGAGUCUGAUGAGAUGCACAAAAAGCCACAAAUGUGAGCAAAUGAAGGGAUGUAGUGAUAGUUUACUGAUGCUGGAUUAGAGAGUGAACUCAUGGCCUCCCCCCUGCCAAACUUGUAUUUAUGAAUGAUGUCUUUUUUUUAUGACACGUGCAAUAAUGUAAAGGGACAGAAGAACAGAAAGACAUACAGCAGCAGCAUGCUCAGUUGCUGGUCAAUAACCUGUAGUAGAUGCGCUGGAGUUUUGGGUUGAGAUCCCUAACAGUGUUCACAAAGAGACUCGAGCUUCAGGAUCAAUAGUAAACUGACUAAUCAAGUUUUUUGCUUUCCAACGAGUGUUGUGUUUACCAGUGGUUCACUUGCCAACUGUGGACUUUCUCCCUGCGAACAAAAAGCCGGAGAGAUCUAAGACUGUUACACUAAAAUGGAGCAUCUGAUGAGGUUUAUUUCAGACCUUUAAAAUCUGUGCUUCUCAAAAAAAAGAAAAAAAGAUUUGCUUGCAUCCAUAUGACAUCUGUGCACGUACACUGUGGGGAGGUUUAGCAGCAGCCACAGUUUUCUUCCUGUCCCUCUGGAUGCUGAUUAAUGUGUCAGUCUGGAUGCCUCAUAUUCAUAGAAAUCACUUCUGUGAUCGAUGUCUUCCUAAUGAUUACAAGAAGGAAACAAAUUAUGCACCGUGAGUUUAAAAAAAAGUUUAAAAACUAUUUUAAAAUAAAGUAUUUUUGGAA